AUGCUCGUGCCCAGACUGAGAUUGUAUUUCGCCUCCAACGGACAAGCUGGGACAUUUCCCAAAACAGUGCUCUACAAACUGAUUUUUCUUUCAAUAGCUUGCGGCAAACAGACCUGCGUGUUCGAACUCUUCAAGAUCGUGCCAACUGAUGAGAUUCCCCACUACCUCGUCGUAGCACAACCCCGGGACGGGAACACAACUGCCCUCUCCAUCCAAACAUGCACCGGCAAGAAGUCCGUUUCUCUGCGACUAUGGACCACGGCAGAAGCCCAUGGAGUGGACAAGGAGGAAGUUUGGAUUUUUGUCUUCGGGAGCCCCAACGCGGGUCAGAAAGAGACCCUCUGGUUCUUGGACCACUUCCAUGGAUUGCAGUUCGCUGAGCUGGAUGAGAAGGGCAUCGUGGACGUGGGUGUCCUCGACCCGCCAUGGUACUGUGAGGCCUGCUGGAACCAGCUGGAGCAGUACAGGUCGCACCAGUAUCUUUUGCCGUGGCCCAACUACAAGUUCGUGCGAGCCCAACUCGAAGUGGGUAUCUCGCUUCGGAGCACACUGCUGUCGAGCCUGGAACAGCAGAUCGUGAUCCAUCCUCUGACAGAGGCGUGGUCUCAACGUGCCGGCAAGGCCGUCCUCGAUCACGGUGCUUUCAAGGGAGGCGAUCGAGAGCUGGAAGGAGGGCUGCCAACGGCUGCACAAGCAGAUCGAGGACCCAAAGCCGUCGGAUUCAAGGAAGAAUCCUUCUAA